GAGCUGAGAAGGAGAAGCAGGAGGAUGCAGUGGGUCACUCUGGUAGUGGCCCUGGGGUGUGUGUGUCUGUCCUGGGCGUCGCACACCCCCACCCCUACCCCCACCUCCACACACACCCCUAUGGUGGACACCUCCGAGGAGGAAGUGGACGAGCCGUGCUUCGAGCCGUGCACGUGCGAGGUCAAAGAAGGCGUGCUGCACGUGCACUGUGACGGGCGGAGCUUCACUAAUGUCACCCAGGUGUCGCAGUCGUGGGUCCGCCCUUUCAAACUCAACCUCCAGAGGAACUCUCUAAGGCGUCUCUAUAGCAACGGGUUCCAGCACCUUGGCAACGCAGUGUCGAUAAACCUCGGCAACAAUGCACUCCAGGACAUCCGAGUGGGAGCUUUCAACGGGCUGGCCAAACUAAGACGCCUGUACCUCCACGAGAACAAGCUGGAGGUCUUCAGAAACGACACCUUUGCUGGUUUAGAGGCUCUGGAAUACCUCCAGGCCGACUACAACGUGAUCAAACGAAUCGACAGCGGCGCUCUGAGGUUCCUCUACAAGCUCCGGGUCCUCAUCCUCAAUGACAACCUGAUCCCCGUCUUGCCUGCUCAUCUGUUCAGAUCUGUGUCUCUGACUCAUCUGGACCUAAGGGGAAACCGUCUGAAGAGCUUGGCAUAUGCUGGGACCCUGGAGUAUGUUGGUCGCUCCCUGAUGGAGCUACAGCUGGAGGAGAAUCCGUGGAACUGUGGCUGUGAGGCCGUUCAGCUUCAGCAGUGGCUGGGUCAGAUCCCCUACACGGCGGUUGUUGGGGACGUUACAUGCGAGUAUCCCUUCCACCUUCACGGCAAGGACCUGAGGGAGAUUCCCCGCAAGGCGCUUUGUGCCGACCUGCCGGACAAAGAGCUACAAUCAGAGGGGGGUGUUUCCACGGCAGGGUCGCACCCGCGUCAGUCGCCCCCUAUCUCUAAACCCAACGCCCACCCAGGGCGAGUCAGGCCCACUAAACCCUCCUCUAUGGUGCACGGCUCCCGCCAAAACACUCACACCUCCUCCACAUCCUCCUCCUCCUCCUCAGCAGAGCGUAAAGACAAAGAGAAGCACCUGAGGCCGACCAAAAGGCCCCGACCCUCCAGAACAUCUCCCACUCCUCGCAGUCUGAUGCCCAACCAGAAUCCCCCCGUGGCCGGCUACCAAACACGACCCCCCAUCCCAAUCAUCUGUCCCCUGGGCUGCACUUGCAACCUGCACAUCACAGACCUCGGCCUGACUGUCAACUGCAAGGAGAACGGCUUCCUCAACGUGUCCCAGCUCACACCUCGGCCCCUCAACGGCCGCAAGCUCUACCUGAGUGGGAAUCUAAUUCAGAGGAUCUACCGCACAGACUUCUGGAAUUUCUCCAGUCUCGACCUGCUUCACCUGGGGAACAACCGCAUCUCUUACCUGCAGGAGGGGGCCUUCUCCAGCCUGACAACCCUGAGGAGCCUCUACCUGAAUGGCAACAACCUGGAGAGGCUCAGCCCCCACGUAUUCCUGGGGCUGCAGAAUCUGAGGUUCCUUUAUUUUGAGUACAAUGAGAUCCGCGAGGUAGAUCCCGGGACACUUGACUCCAUGCCGUCCCUCCAGCUGUUGUUCCUCAAUGCCAACCUGCUGCGGACCCUCCCUCUUGGCGUGUUUUCAGGAGUUAACCUCGCUCGUCUGAAUCUGAGAAACAAUCACCUUCUGCUGCUUCCUAUGGAGGGCGUGCUGGAGCACCUCACCGGACUGGUACAGGUGGACCUGCAGCAGAACCCGUGGGAGUGUAACUGUGAAGCGGCUCCUCUGAAGCGGUGGCUGGAGGGGCUCAGCGCGGUGGUGGUGGUGGGAGAGGUGGUCUGCCAUUCCCCGGAAAAGACCAAAGGCGUAGACCUGCGCUCCCUCUCCAUGGAGCUGCUCUGCCCUGAGCUGGAGCCCCAGGAGGACCAGGAGCAGGAGGCGCACACAGCCACCUCCACAGCUGCAGACAGCGGCGUGUCGGUUGGCUACCCCGGCUCAGGCCUGGGCCCCCUGAUCCCUCCGGGGAAGGAUUCAAUCCCUCUCUCGGUGUUGGUUCUCAGCCUGCUGGUGUUGUUUGUCUCUGCGUUCUUCGCGGCAGCGGCACUAAUCGCCUACGCCCUAAGGAGGAGGGACAAGCUGCCGUUCCGUCGCCAGGGAGAGGUGGAUUUGGCCGGCAUCCAGAUGGAGUGUGGCAUCUUCACUGAGCAGACGCACCACCAUCACCACCACCACCACCACGGCCUCCCGGAGACGCCGCCCCUACCUCCGCCGGAACACAAUCACGUCUACGACACAAUCUUGCCCCCUGAGGCGGCGUCGAAAGGUCCCGACCCCGCCGCCGCUUCGCACAUGUGUAGCAACCACGUCUACAAAGAGGAGCAGGACGCCGCGGUGAGACAACGCACACGGCAGCAACAGACAUUUGCGGCCUCCAAAGAGAGCGAGGGAGGAUACUGCUCUGCGGCAGAGAAGGAGAGGAACUGGACUCGGGAGGUGUCCUCAUCACCCAUCAACACUGUCACCGGAGCGAUGGGACAGCUCGCCGGCCUUCACGGCAACGGCAUCCUCUGCCCCACGGUGAUAGACAGCCAAGGCCCCACCCCUAAAGUGGAACUGGUGGACUGCCUCUUCAGACUGCCCGCCCCGGAGUUCAGAGAGCUGCCGGACAGGUACGCUAGGCCGCCGCCCCGCUACCCGCACCCCCAAGACUCUAAACAGGACACCCGACCCGACCAGGUGCUGGUGGUCUCCACCCUCAGCUCCACGGCGGGCGGCGGGAACAGCGGCCACGGCGAGCAGGGUGCCGGGGAGCAGAGAGCCCGACUGAGGACCACACCGGACUACAUGGAGGUGCUGGACCGCUCGUACCAGUUCUAA